ACAGAAAAAUGGCGGCCUAAGGGUUCUCAACUUCUGAGCAGAACCGGCGAAAAAUAAAUUGAGUGCACGCUUAACCUAUACACUCUAAAAAUUUUUUGGAAAUAACAAAAUUUUAGUUAAUUGUUAAUUUUAAUAGUUGAAUAUGUUAUUUAUUCUGACGAAACUCCAUCAAUCACUGAGAUAUGAAUUAUUAAAUAAAAUUGCUGUAGGAAGACAGUUUUCUCGAGGAACUGUUUUAUUUAAUGAUGAAGAAAAUGAAAACCUAGAACAGCAUCCUUCUGAAAAGGCAAUUGAUCCUACUAAAGAUAGAAGAAAUCCAAUUCCUGUAGAGACUAGCAUUCGAUACCUAGCUAGCAGUGCUUAUAAACAAACGUAUGGUGACGAACCUGUCUGGAAACCUUAUCGAAGAAAUCACAAGGGACAGCUUCCUCCUAAAAAAACUAGACAGAGUUGUGUUAGAAAAGGUUUCAUUGUCUAUGGAAGUCCAUGCCCCAUUUGUCGAGAUGAAUAUUUAGUUUUAGAUUACACAAAUGUGAAUUUGUUAAAACAGUUUAUAUCAGAGUAUAAUGGAGCUAUAUUGGGCUAUGACGUAACAAAUCUUUGUCGAAGACAGCAUAAAAGAUUACUUGUUGCUAUAACUAAAGCUAAAAUUUAUGGAUUGAUUACAUUUGAUGUUCCUUUCCGAGCUUACGAUUACUCUGAAUGGUACAAACCUAAAGAAAACCUUGCGUAAAAAAACUACAGGAAACAUUUUGAUACAUUACAUUAG